AUGACUGAUUCUGAGCCUAUAUUCGCUAUUAAAGGUUGGAUUUCACAAAAAACCAAUCUGUACAGAUCAGACAGGAAGCUCUAUGGAGUUGUUACUGAAGAAGAUUUUACGACUUAUCAAGAUGAACAACAAAAAAUUUUAUAUAAAAAUAUAAACCUUAAUGAAAUUAAAUUAGUUUCCCAAUUAACAGGAGCAAGACCAGGCUUUUCAAUUACCCUGGAAAAUUCUAAAGAUGAGUUAAUUUUUUAUUGCCCUUCAAAACAUCAAGCUCAAAAGUGGAUCUGUGCAUUGCAGCUUAAACCAGUAGAUACAAAUGUUGAUAUUACAGAUUUUGACUAUAUCAAAGAAAUCGGAAGAGGUGGAAAUGCAAUUGUUUAUGUUGCAAGAAACAGAUUAAAAGACGAGCUUGUUGCAAUUAAGACUAUUGAAAAGGCUCAUAUAAGUACUGAUAAACAUCGUGAGCAUAUUCAAUCUGAGAGAAAUACUUUGAUGAGAGCAAGACAUCCUUUUAUCAUUCAUCUUUUCAAUGCUUUCCAAACAAAUACACAUUUACUCUUCGUUUUAGAAUUCGCGUUCGGAGGGGAUUUGCAUUUCCAGCUCAGUAAAAAUUUAUGCAGUAUUGAUAAUUUUCAGAAGAAGCUAUACUUAGCAGAAAUUGCCUUAGCAGUCAAAUACUUGCACAGCUUAGGCAUCAUUUACCGCGACUUAAAGCCUGAGAAUAUUUUGUUAGAUUCUCGAGGCCAUAUUAAGCUUGCAGACUUUGGAACAGCCAGACAAUGCACUAGCCAAUGCAAUUCCUUCUGUGGAACUGCUGAAUACCUUGCUCCUGAAAUCAUCAGCAAAUCAUCAUCACAAACCUUUGCAAUUGACUGGUGGAGCUUCGGCAUUGUUGCCUAUUGCCUCUACACGGGUUCCGUUCCAUUUUCAAACAACAACAACAGAAAAAUGCUCUUUGAUGCAAUUUGCCAAAAACCAGUUAGAAUACCAAAGUCAAUGGACCCCGUUCUUGCUGAUUUCCUUACACGACUUCUCGAAAAGAACCCGGCAAAAAGACUUGGAAGUCCCGGAUUUGAUGUCUUUGAGCAUGAAUUCUGGGAUGACAUAGACUGGGAUAAGGUUUACAAAUGCGAGUACCAUCCAACCUUCGUCCCUUUGGUUGACGAAGGAGAUCCUGGUUACAACUUUGAAUCAGAGGAUUCAAUUAUUGAACCUGAUUCACUUGACGGAGAAGAAACCUUCCCGAGAUUUGACGAAUUUUCAUACGAAGAUCUGACAGUUCUUGUUUGA